ACGUAAUAUCGGCCCCACUACACGAAGAUCGGAUCGAGGUUUCAAAGUCCUUAACAAGGAGCAACGGCGCGUCAGUACGCUCCGGUCGUUACUGAAGACAGCGAGGAUGAAGACGUUGCUUUUGACCAUUUUCUCGGUGCUGUGCAUCCAGACAGCGCUCAGCGUCGAUCCUCACGAGCACAGCAAGGUGGUGUGUUAUUGGAAUAGUACCGCCUAUGAGAGACAAGGUCCAGCGAAGUUCCAGCUAGAGGACGUCAGACCCGCUUUGUCCCUUUGCACUCACCUGGUCUACGGAUAUGCUCACAUCAAUCCCGACUUUGAGGUCGUGCCUGGCUCUCCAAACUUAGACACCGGCUCGGGAUACUCUUAUUAUAGAUUGGCCACGCAACUGAAGCGUUCGUUCCCUGAUCUGAAGAUCUACCUGAGCAUUGGAGGAAACUCCGAUCCUUACGAUGAGGAGCACAAGUACCUCGUGUUGACCGAGACCUCGGAAGGUAGAACGAAAUUCAUCAACUCCGUGAAUCGCCUGCUGAACGACUACGACUUCGACGGUAUCGACCUGGCGUGGCAGUUCCCACCUGUCAGGCCCAAGAAGCAACGUAGCGCUAUCGGUUCUUUCUGGCACGGUCUCAAGAAGAAGCUGGGUUAUGGCAAAUUCAAGGACGACAAGGAGCAAGAGCACCGCGACGGUUUUACUAUCUUAGUCCGUGACCUCAAGACGCAGCUCAGGCCGCGAUUUAAGUCUCUGACCGUCACGGUAUUGCCUCACGUGAACGCCAGUGUGUACUACGAUGCGAGACUGUUGGCGCCCAACAUCGAAGCCGUGCAUCUCUUCACCUUCGACCAGAAGACACCGGAAAUGCACCCGAAAGAAGCCGAUUUCCCAGCGCCGAUUUACAGCAGUUACGGACGCGUGGCGGAAGAUAAUAUCGAUGUUUCGGCGAGAUAUUGGUUGGAGCACGGUACUCCUGGCAGCAAGAUUGUGGUUGGCAUCCCGACUUACGCUCGCACGUGGAAACUGACGUCUGACAGCCAGAUUUCCGGUGUACCCCCCAUCGUGACCGAUGGUCCGGGCGCUCCAGGACCUCACACCAAUGAACCAGGGGUGCUGUCCUACUCCGAGAUGUGCGCCAAGCUGACCGAACAUGCGGCAGGUCGGCUCCGACGCGUCAGUGACCCGUCCAAGAAGUACGGUAGCUACGCUUAUCAAUCGGUCAACAGCGAUACUGGCGAGGAAGGGAUCUGGGCGGGUUACGAGGACCCGGACACCGCCGGCAAUAAAGCCGCAUACGUCAAGUCGAAGGGGCUUGGCGGUGUGGCGAUCGUGGAUCUGUCUUUGGACGAUUUCAGGGGUGUCUGCACCGGCGAUAAGUACCCGAUCAUCCGAGGAGCUAAGUACAAGCUGUAGAGCACCAGGUUUAAGGGUGGAGCAUGCUCAGAUUGUGUGCUCAGAACUGAAGUCGAAGAGCACGCAAAGAGAUUUCGUGGAGCUCGCAAAUCUACCUUAUCAGAGACAAACCACUAUUUUUUAUUUUUCAAGUAGGAUUCGUAUUUACACGCAUGACAUUGUGUUACAUCGGCUCGAACGGAUGAUUUUUUUUAAUGAAGUUGAGAGAGAACUUUUAACGAGAGAACUUUCUCGCGGGAUUGUAACGCCGGCGAAGUUGGCUACUCGUUACUCGUGAUCGUAAUAAAAAAUAUAAUGCUGCUUUCCCAUUAUA